CGCCUGGUGUCCAUGGCCCGCACCCCCAAGCUGCCACUGCAGCAGUCAGAGUGGCAGCCAGAGGCUCAGUCCAUGCCGUGCCUCCUGGACGGUGCUGGUGAGGCUGAGCAAGAGGCCUCCGCAUCUCAACACCUACAAGAGCAGGGACGGAGUAUCACCAGUGUAGAGGACCAUGUUGCGCCGUAAGCCCUCCAACGCCGGUGAGAAGGAGCCCACUCAGAAGAAAAAGCUCUCGCUUCAGCGAUCCAGCAGCUUCAAGGAUUUUGCCAAAUCCAAACCCAGCUCCCCUGUGGUGAGCGAGAAGGAGUUUAAUCUGGAUGAUAAUAUUCCAGAAGAUGACUCAGGUGUCCCGACCCCAGAGGAUGCUGGGAAGAGUGGCAAAAAGCUGGGGAAGAAGUGGAGGGCCGUAAUUUCCCGAACCAUGAACAGGAAGAUGGGCAAGAUGAUGGUGAAGGCCCUGUCGGAGGAGAUGGGAGACACUCUGGAGGAGGGCUCAGCCUCCCCGACGUCUCCAGACUGCAGCCUGGACAGCCCCGGCCCUGAGAAGAUGGCGCUGGCCUUUUCUGAGCAGGAGGAGCGGGAGCUCCCAGCACUCAACCGACAGGCCUCCACGGGCAGUGAGCUGUGUAGCCCCAGCCCAGGCUCUGGCAACUUUGGGGAGGAACCACCUGCCCCCCAGUACACAGGGCCCUUCUGUGGCCGGGCACGAGUCCACACCGACUUCACUCCCAGCCCCUAUGACCACGACUCCCUGAAACUGCAGAAAGGAGAUGUGAUCCAGAUCAUUGAAAAGCCACCUGUUGGCACGUGGCUGGGCCUGCUCAAUGGUAGACUGGGCUCUUUCAAGUUCAUCUACGUGGAUGUGCUGCCCGAGGAGGCUGUGGGGCCUUCCCGCCCCAGCCGCCGACAGAGCAAAGGCAAGAGGCCCAAGCCCAAGACUCUUCAUGAACUUCUGGAGCGCAUUGGCCUCGAGGAGCACACAUCCACCCUGCUGCUCAAUGGCUACCAGACCCUGGAGGACUUCAAAGAGCUGCGGGAAACACAUCUCAACGAGCUGAAUAUCAUGGACCCGCAGCACCGGGCCAAGCUGCUAACGGCCGCUGAGCUGCUGCUGGACUAUGACACCGGCAGUGAGGAGGCAGAAGAGGGCGCUGAGAGCAGCCAGGAGCCAGCAGUGCACACAAUGGCAGAGCCCAAAGUGGACAUCCCGCGCGAUUCAGGCUGCUUCGAGGGCUCGGAGAGCGGGCGCGAUGAGGCGGAGCUGGCGGGCGCCGAAGAGCAGCUGCACAGCCUCUCUCUGGCCGGGGCCCCUUGAGGUGGCGACCGCACGGGCCGAGGCUAGGCCGGAGCAGCCAAGGCCGCGGGGAUGGGGUGGGCCCGACCUCCCAUGGUGGCCUGGGUCAUGGACUAGGACUGGGCGCCAAGCCCGGUCCCACUCCCCCCCGGGCACCUAGGGCUGCAGAGGCCAGCGGAGCCUUACAGGUGUCCAGCAGGAGUGGACACAAGCUGUGGAGUCGCAUCCACCUGCUGGGCCACCUCCCUCCACCACCUACUGACAGCACAGCCCUUUGGGCUGCAGCCAAAGCAAGGGGGACAUCGAGCAGCCACCCGGCCCGGGCCCCUCACCACCGAGGCCUCCAAACUCUCCAGCUCCACACCACCUUCACCUGUAGCGCUGCUCCUGAAAAGGGGGCCAGGUCAGUGUUUCGGGUCAGUCUCAACACCCUAGGGAAGCUGGCCAUUGAAAAGGACUCUAAUUGGUUACGGGUAAAUCCAGACUUUUCUAAAUCAGGUUUGAAGAAAACCAUGUGUAUCUUUCCUACUUUCCUCCAUGUUAACUUGCUUAGGAGUUUAGCCACUAAAUCACUGUGUCACUUAAACCGACUGCCUUCCCCAGUUGGGAGGACUGGCUAGGAUAAGAAUGGGUAGUCGCUGAGGGCCCUGCCAACUCUGACAUUCUGUGACAUUAAAUGCCUGCUGCCCCAUUACCUGUGGCCAAGGACAGCAGUGAGGUUUGCUGACGGGGCUUGAGGGGCCUCAGGCUCUCAAAUGAAACAGCUCCUCCUGUUCACCCCUUCCAUACCUCCCCAUGUGACUCGGCCAAGCUGCCACUCCCCCAAGCUUAAAACAAUGCCCAUGCCUCAGACAGUACACGCCCUCCCCUUCCACUCCGGGCCCCUUGUGACACUUCCACAAUGGCAGAUGGUCAGACCUGGCUUCCAAGGACAGAACUGCUCCUCAGAAACCACUCAUGAGUCCAGGCCCAGACUUGGCCUCUUGUGUGGGUCCUUACAAGGAAAGCACAAAGCUGGACACUGGGGAGUCUACUACUCUACCUUUGCUCUGCUAAAGGUUUUGAUGUACCUUGAGCACCAGAAGGAGAGGGAGAGUAUCUGUGGGUGGGGGCCUCCGUUGACCCCAGUACCAAGUCUGUGCCCUGAAUUCCCAGAAUAAUCCUUUCCCGGGGCCCUAGUGGCCCUGGGACAACGGUGCCCACCAUGUCUAGGAUUGCAUGCUUAGUGGACACACUUCUCAACCUAUUACCAGGAACUCUCACAGAAUCUAUCUUUGAAUAGUUUGAGUGUAAAUAUGAUGGGGGUGAUGGGUUGGUAGCAAUAAAUAGAGGUAGAACUAAA